CAGAAAAUCAGAUUCAGGAGGACUUUGAGAAACUUCACCAGUUUCCACGAUAUGAAGAGGCAGCCAGGAUGGCUGUCCUGAGGGAGGAAGAAGAAGAUGAUUGACGAUAUGAACAGAGAGAUAGCAGCCAUUUUAGACACGAGAGCCAUAAAGAAGGACCUGGUAUCUGAUGACAUCUCAUUCCUGCAGAACUACAAGGACACGUUAAAAAGAGCCCAGUGCACAAGCCCAGAUCCAGAGCUUGUUUCUGGAGCGCUCAUCAAUGUGGCAAAGCAGCUGGGCAACCUGCAGGUCAGAGUUUUGGAGAAGCAGCUGGGCAACCUGCAGGUCAGAGUUUUGGAGAAGCAGCUGGGCAACCUGCAGGUCAGAGUUUUGGAGAAGCACCUGGGCAACCUGCAGGUCAGAGUUUUGGAGAAGCACCUGGGCAACCUGCAGGUCAGAGUUUUGGAGAAGCAGCUGGGCAACCUGCAGGUCAGAGUUUUGGAGAAGCACCUGGGCAACCUGCAGGUCAGAGUUUUGGAGAAGCAGCUGGGCAACCUGCAGGUCAGAGUUUUGGAGAAGCAGCUGGGCAACCUGCAGGUCAGAGUUUUGGAGAAGCACCUGGGCAACCUGCAGGUCAGAGUUUUGGAGAAGCAGCUGGGCAACCUGCAGGUCAGAGUUUUGGAGAAGCACCUGGGCAACCUGCAGGUCAGAGUUUUGGAGAAGCAGCUGGGCAACCUGCAGGUCAGAGUUUUGGAGAAGCACCUGGGCAACCUGCAGGUCAGAGUUUUGGAGAAGCAGCUGGGCAACCUGCAGGUCAGAGUUUUGGAGAAGCAGCUGGGCAACCUGCAGGUCAGAGUUUUGGAGAAGCAGCUGGGCAACCUGCAGGUCAGAGUUUUGGAGAAGCAGCUGGGCAACCUGCAGGUCAGAGUUUUGGAGAAGCACCUGGGCAACCUGCAGGUCAGAGUUUUGGAGAAGCAGCUGGGCAACCUGCAGGUCAGAGUUUUGGAGAAGCAGCUGGGCAACCUGCAGGUCAGAGUUUUGGAGAAGCAGCUGGGCAACCUGCAGGUCAGAGUUUUGGAGAAGCAGCUGGGCAACCUGCAGGUCAGAGUUUUGGAGAAGCACCUGGGCAACCUGCAGGUCAGAGUUUUGGAGAAGCAGCUGGGCAACCUGCAGCGCCUGUGAUUCUGGACCCCAACACUGCCCAUCCAUGUCUCAUCCUGUCUGACGAUCUGACCAGUAUGAGAUUCAGUGAUGGGAUACAGCUGCUUCCUGACAACCCAGAGAGGUUUGAUAACUAUCGAAUGGUCCUGGGCUCUGAGGGCUUUGACUCUGGGACACACAGUUGGGAUACAGACGUCAGGGACAAUGCAGUAUGGUUUGUAGGUGUAGUCUAUAAGUCUGUCCAGAGGAAGGGAGUGGUACAGACUGGACUCUGGCGUGUAGGCUAUUAUAAUGAUAAAUACUGGGCACGGUGUCCAAAAGGGCCACAGACUGUCCUGACACUGGAAAAUAAACCCCAUUGGAUCAGAGUGCAGCUGGACUGGAACAGAGAUACACUGUCCUUUUACGACCUUGAUAAUAACACACACAUACACACGUUCACACACACUUUUACAGAGAGAUUGUUUCCAUACAUCAACAUUGUCAGUAAUCUCUACGCUGCUAGGAUCUUACCAGGGAAAGCCUCUGUAACAGUGGAACAGCACAUUAUACCUCCCCAUGCUAGCCCUUCUUCCUUUUAACUUGAUCAGUUGUUGUGGUACGCUGACGCCACGGAAGCCACCACUACCUCUGUGAUUUAGAUUUGUUCAACAGGAUUCAAUUAUGAAUUGUAUUAUCAUAUGACAAACUACUGGAAUGAACCAAAUCACACAUUUUUCCUGACCUAAUAAAAACAAUUGAUUCAACAA